CCUCAAGACCUCCCAUUCUAAACGCUCCUGAGAUUUCACUCUUCUUGGGAUGUAGAAGAGUGCAGUAACCCUGGCCAACUUGAAACAACUGGAUUAACCUAAAAAACAGUCCUCUUGGGGAGCUCAAACUGUGAUUUGAUUUGCUUUGUGAAACACUGGUCUUAGUUUUCAGACUGCAGUGAUGCCUGUCACUGGAACACCUGAUCCAACCAACAAGAGGAAGAAUCCUUCGAAAAUCAUCACAGACUUCUCAAACAUCUCACAACAUGACCAGGAAGAUGAGAAUGCUGAAGCCUCUGAACUGGAUUUGGGAACCAAAAUCAAGACUCCUAAAGAUGUGAUGCUGGAGGAGCUGUCUCUCAUGAAGAACAAAGGCUCCAAAAUGUUCAAGAUGAGACAGCAAAGAGUGGAGAAAUUCAUCGUCAGUGACGAGAACCUGUUGAACCUCAAGAACCUGGUUCCCUCUCUGGGAUGUGAAAUGACUGCUCCACAUGAACAAUCUCCCAACCCAGAGCCACCACGUGAGGAAGUAGAUGUUGCUGCAGAGAAGGAAAAGAGACGACGUGAGUAUGUUAAAACAUAUGUAUCGCCUUGGGAACGAGCUAUGAAAGAUGACCAGGAACUUAAAGAAACCAUGCAACUGAAGAUGCCAGGGCCUCAAAUUUACAAGGAUCUUCCCAAGUACAAGAGCUUCAAUAGAAUGGCUCUUCCUUUUGGAGGAUUUGAGAAGGCCUCUCGUCUUGUGACUUUUGAGCCUCCUGAGAUCAAGAAAACCAACGAGGAGCCGCAGCCAGUGUCUCUAUCACAGUAUAAUAUUUGCUGUAGGCCUUCUUUCAACCGUACUCCAAUCGGCUGGACGUGCAAUGAAGAGCACGGCCACAUCCACAUGGAGAUGGAAAACAUCCCCUUUGAUGGAGAGACUGACGACCUCUAAGAAACUAGCCCACCUGAUGUGAAAAACAGACAUUUAAAUACAAAACAACAUGCAUGCUAAGCCAUAAAUGCCAAGUACACAUGUAUACACACAUAUACAGGCCAGCAAACAGGGACCUUAUGCUCUCACACCCAAAAACUGAUUCAUAUUUCUGCAUGAAAAUGGAAAGAUCUUUGCCUUUCUUCCACUGUUCUGUGUGGGUUUUACAAUGGAAACACAUCACUGCAUGCUGUGAUCUGGUUCUUAUUUUGCCAGAUGCUUAAUUAACUACAGUAAUCUUUAUGGUAAUUAUAUACAUGCACUAAAUAACAGCCUACAGUGAUCUAGCGCUGAAAUAAACAUUUGUCAAUCAA